AUGCCUCUCGACACCUCGACGUACGGGCUCUCCCUCCUCCGGGUCGACGGCCGCCGGUGGAACGAGCUUCGACGGCUGCAGGCCCAGAUCCGCACGCAGGACGCCGCCGACGGCUCGAGCUACCUCGAAAUCGGCCACACCAAGGUCAUGUGUGUCGUCACGGGCCCGACCGAGCCGCAGCGCCGCGGGCCCGCGGGUGGGCAAUCGAAGGACGCCGCCGUCAAUGUGAGCAUUGUCGUCGCGGGCUUCAGCUCGGUCGACAGGAGGAAGUACGGCCGGAAUGACAAGCGCAUCUCCGAACUCGAGGCCACCGUUUCCAAGGCCUUUGCGUCGACGCUGCACACGCACCUCUUCCCGCACAGCUCCAUCUACAUCUCCCUGCACGUACUCUCGCAGGAUGGCUCGCUGCUCGCAGCGCUGCUCAACGCGACGACGCUGGCGCUCGUCGAUGCGGGCAUCCCCAUGACUGACUACAUCGCCGCGUGCACGGCUGGUUCGACGAGUACGUACGCGGCAGCCGACGAGGGGGCGGACCCGCUGCUGGACCUGAACACGCAGGAGGAGCAGGAGCUGCCCUUCUUGACGGCGGCGACCUUGGGCGACAGCGACAAGGUUGUGGUGCUCGUGUGUGAGAGCAGGGUGCAGGCAAGCCGACUGGAGGGCUUGCUGGCAGUGGCCGUGGACGGGUGCAAGCAGAUUCGGGGGAAGCUGGAUGCUGUUGUCAAGGAAAAGGGGUCCAAGAUGGUACAGGAGGGUGUGGUGGAGAAGGGCGCCCAAGUCGAUGUUGAAAUGACGUGA